AUGGAACAACUGAAUUUAACCACAAUACCCACAGCAACUUUAUUAGACGAUGAUGUGGAAACAGAUGACGAAGAUGACCGAUUUCUACCAUCGUUCACCAAGCCAACGUUAAAUUUAAAUUCUACACAAGAGUUUUCAAGGCUACUUGAAAGAAAUAUUUCCUCACUUUCCGAUGCUGACCUAGAGGAUAAAGAGUGGUUAAUAAAGCAGCCGUCAGUGGAUACUUCUUUUACUCAAAUUCCAAAUUGUGGCGGUGCUGAGGGUGUCAAUGGCACAGCUGCUAAUGAAUUUAUUGGAAGUAGAAGAGGAAGCUUUAUUAAAAGUGAUAAAGCAGAGAAAGUCAUCAAAAUGAUCGCAAUGGCUUGUGCGUGCACUUUUGGCAUUGGCAGUCAUUUCGCAGGGCACAUUAUUGGACCAAUGAAAGGAAUUCUGAUGAAGCAACUUAGCCUGACAAACACGCAAUUUUCGUUACUGGUCGCAUCUCUCACGUUGUGUAAUACCGUGAUACCGACAGUUUCUGGCGUACUUAUAGCUAAAUUUGGUACCACGAAUAGUUCUAUUGUGGUGACUUCUAUCAUACUUUUGGGAAUUACUAUAGUAACGGCCGCUAGUUGGAGUGGCAAAGUAUGGGCAAUGAUUACAGGGUUUGCUGUUUUUGGAAUGGGGCUGGCUCCAUUAACAAUCAUACAAGAGACAAUUAUUGUACAUUUUUUUCAAGGACAUGGAUUAGGAUUUGCAUUAGCAACAGGGCUCACAAUGGGGCGACUGGCAGCAUUUCUGGCUUCCGUAACUACAGUUCCACUCUCAAUGAUGGAACCAUUCACCUAUCGUACACCAUUUCUGGUAGCAACUUUUACUUGCUUUCUAUCCUGGAUGAUGAACAUUAUUUACGUAUUAUUAUUGAAACACGCUGACAAUCGCAAAAAUAAAAAUCGCGAGGGGAUCGCGUUAUCCACAGUGGCCGAAAAGAAAAUGGUUCGUUGGAGUGCAAUUUUCGAUCUAUCAAAUAUGUUUUGGUGGUAUUUGGUUGUCGUGUUGUUGUAUGGUUCAUCGAUAGAGCCGUUUCUUCAUCUUUCGAGUAAUAUUAUAAAGCAUCGAUUUGCAACAACAGAUUUAUUGGCCGCAUGGGACGCGUCAAUUAUAUUAUUGUUGCCAGUUAUAAUAUAUCCCUUCUUGGGUUUAUUCUUGGAUAAAUAUGGAAAAAGAUGUUCGAUAUUAAUUGUCUCAUCUCUAUUAGUUCUAUUGACUUAUCUACUUCUCCAAUUACCACCACGAUUAAUUCAUCCUUUUCCUCCGAUAAUCUCUUUUGCGAUAGCUUUCUCACUAUUACCAUUAACAGUCGUCAGUUUAGUUCCAUUACUAACAGAACACGUAUCAACGGGUUUAGGCUUAUACAAAAGUCUCAACAACAUAGGCGCGACAUUCAGUCAAACAAUCGCAGGUUUAAUACUAGAUGCACACGUAAAAAAAUCCAAUUAUACCAUUGAUGAAGACGGGGUUGAGCACGGUCACGAAGACGAUGAUUUGGUGGCAUUGAAAAUGUUUGCGAUUUUGAGCUUUUUAUUGUUGUUGAGCUCUUUGGUUUUUUGGUGGGGCGAUAAAAAAUACGAGGGUGGACGAAUAAAUUCUACCGAUGUUAGUAAUCAUCACGAUACCUCUAAAUAUGUACAAGCGAAUGGAGAUGAAUUAGCCACUAGACAAGGAAUAGAAAUGAUGGUUAUUGAGGAUGACUCAACUUUUGUUAAGGAAGCUAUGAAGAAACAGAGACAACGUUCACAGAUCUAUCUUGGAUUGAUAGCCUUGUUGUUGAUUACUUGUUGGCUAUUAUUUGCUAUUGUCGCGUGGCUAAAAGCAGGGAUACUCGCAACACAAUAA